AUGACUUUUGAGCCACUACGUUCCCAUCAGUGGGUGCUGCAGUUCCUACUGCUGGCUUCCUGCGUCAGCGCAUUCUAUAUUCCUGGAUACUCGGUUACUCGAUACAAUGACAACGAUCCGAUUCCUCUCCUCGUGAAUAAGAUCUUCUCCGACAAUACGCAGUUGCAAUAUGCCUAUUACGACCUCCCUUUCGUUUGCCCACCGAGUGGCAAGACACAUGGUGGAUCACCCUUCGGUUCUGGCCAGAGUAUCUCGCUCAACCUUGGAGAAGUACUGCGUGGUGACCGGAUUAUGACCUCGGACUUUGAGCUUUCUAUGGGCAAGGAUAUCGAAUGUGAAUCGCUUUGCACUAUCGGCGUCAGCCGCUCGGACGUGAAAUGGGCCCGUCAGCUCGUUAAGGAGGGCUAUGUGAUUGAGUGGAUUGCGGACAACUUGCCAGGAGCCACUAGCUUCGUGACAGUUGAUCGCAGUCGCAAGUACUACGCUUCCGGAUUCAAGCUUGGUUACCGUGACAUCUCUCCGGCUACUGGGCAAUCGCGAUACUUCAUCAACAACCACUUUACUAUCGUCAUCCGCUGGCGGAGCGCACCCGAAGGAGGAAAGGUGAUUGUUGGAUUCGAGGUGUACCCGAAGAGUAUCACUGCCGAGGGUCGCAAGGAAGGCGGAUGCCCCAAGGCUGUUCACAAAGACAAUCAAGGACUGCCGCUGUACAUCGCGCCUAAUCUUUCGCGAAUGCAAGAGAAGUAUUCGGGGCUGUCAUAUAUUCCAGAGGAUGAUGACGAUGACGACGGUGCCAAGCUUCAAAUUCCCUACACCUACUCUGUUUAUUUCCGAGAGGAGACCAAGGUUGAGUGGAACAGCCGCUGGGAUUUGUACUUCACCAACCAGGGCGAAAGUGCCAUGACUCAUUGGUUGGCAAUUAUCAACUCCCUGACAAUCUGCACAGUGCUGGGUGUGACCGUGUUUGUUAUCUGGAGCCGUACUGUGCAAGGCGACAUCAAGGGCCGCGGAGAUGGUGCGAUGAGUGAUCAAAAGGCCAAGGUCCGCUCCCGACGUAGAAGUGGGAAAUCAGAGAAGAAGCGUGAAAACCUCCUGGACGGCGACGCGGAUGUGGAACAUGAUGCAGACUUCUCUUCGGAAGAUGAGGGUCUCGAAGAUACCAGCGGCUGGAAACUCCUUCACGGUGAUGUAUUCCGCAUCCCCGCUUACAGUGGUCUUCUCGCUCCAUUGGUCGGAUCAGGUAUGCAGCUGUUGUUCAUGGCUUCGGGUCUGCUCCUGCUGAGCUGCUUGGGUAUCUUGAACCCCAGCUUCCGCGGUGGCUUCGUCAGUGUUGGCAUGGGUCUGUUUGUGUUUGCUGGUCUUUUCUCGGGAUAUUUCAGCGGCCGACUUUAUAAGACCUUUGGCGGCCAAGCUUGGCGGAGGAACACUGUUAUCACUGCUUUACUUUUCCCUGGUUUGGCAUUCUGCCUGAUCCUGAUCCUGAACUUGUUCGUUUGGGCUCAAGCAUCCAGCACAGCAAUUCCGUUCAGCACUCUGAUCGGUCUUCUCGCACUUUGGCUGCUCAUUCAAGUUCCCUUGGUUUACCUUGGAAGCUGGGUUGGUUAUGUACGCGCAGCGCCUUGGGAGCAUCCUCUGAAGACCAAUGCGACCCCCCGUCAAAUCCCAAUCCAGCCUUGGUAUCUGCGCAGUACACUUGGUCCUUUGCUGACUGGUCUUAUUCCAUUUGCUGUUCUCUUUAUCGAGCUGCUAUUCGUGUUUAAGAAUCUGUGGCAGGAUAAGACUGGAUAUUAUUAUGUCUUUGGGUUCUUGAGUGCUGUCUCGACUGUUCUGAUAGUCACUGUUGUUGAAGUCACUGUCAUCGCAACAUACAGCCAGCUCUGCUCCGAGAACUACCAUUGGUGGUGGCAAAGUUUCCUCACUGGUGGCAGCAGCGCAUUUUGGAUCUUUGCCUACUGUAUUUGGUACUACAUGUUCAAGCUUCACGUCACCGGAUUUGUGUCUAGCUUGCUCUUCUUUAGCUAUAGCUUCCUUGCCUGUGCUGUUUACGGCCUUUUGACAGGAACUGUUGGUUUUUUGGCCGCCUAUGCGUUUGUUCGACGUGUUUAUAGUGCGAUCAAGGUCGACUAA